GGCAAUAACAUUAGGAUGUUCGAAAAAAAAUUAUUUAAAUAGAAAUUUUUCAGAAUUGAAUGGCGUGAAUGUAUUUCAAUUCGUGCUAAUGUCGAAGUCUGUUACGUGCCGGUGCUGCAUGGCGCGGCCUCCGGACAAAGAUUUGAAAACUGUGUACACAACUCUUGGAACGUCUGAAGUAUACGCGGAUAUGGUGAAGGAUUGCUUCGAAAUUCAUAUGUCAUUCGGUAUGUGCGCGGCUGACAGUGGGAUCUGCGAUGUUUGCAUAACAAGGUUACGUGAUGCCUGCGAUUUUAAGCAUCAAAUUCAACGGUGCCAGAGGCAGUUCCAGCAUCUGGCUGCUCUCAUACAAGAUAGUACCACAACGAAAGUCAAAGAGGAAGUGACAGAUUUAGAUGAAGAAAACGGUAUAUAUUUUCUGGAUUUGAAAGAGGAAGCCUCUGAUCUUGACGAGAUGGGAGCGAUUGAUGACGACAAGAACCUCGCCGACAUACUGGGGUUCGGUACAGUCACCGUCAAAAGGAAAACGGACAAGAAACUUAUUAAGAAACGUAAUUUGCGUAUAAAUAAAACGCACGAGAAAAAAUCAAAAUCCCAACUAAAGAUAUCGCUGCGUACUCUGUCUCAGAUCAAAAUGUUAAAACCGAUGCCAACGAUACGUUUCACGAACGAAAAUUCAAAGCACAAGAACAAUAUAGACAAUCUAUUGAAGAAUUCGAAUUGCACGCCAUUCUUGAACAAGACCCUGUCCGGGAUUGUGUGCGCUUACUGCAAAGAGACACAUCCAAAUAUUGACAAACUUCGAACUCACAUCAAAGAAACUCACUCAAAUGACGAGCUAAUCGAUAAGAAGAAAAUGGACAAAAACAAUUUAUCCGUCAAAAUGGACAUAACCGAUCUAAGUUGUAACGCUUGCGGUGCGAAUUUUGACGUUAUCGAUAAUCUAAUAAAGCAUCUAUCGAAAGAGCACGAAGUGAAGUUCUAUUCGGAUAUUCACAAUUACAUUUUGGAGUUCAAACUAACGGACAGCGAGAUUUUAAACUGUGCCCUCUGCAAUUCGACCUUUGAAACCUUCAAGAUGCUGUUACAACACAUGAAUGGCCACUACAGGAACUAUAUAUGCGAGAUAUGCGAUCUAGGUUUCAUAAAUAAGCACAGGCUGAAGAAUCAUCAGAGAACGCAUGAGAUUGGUGACUUCCAGUGUUCGUUUUGCGAUAAAGUCUUCACGACCAGAGUCAGGAAGAUGUGCCACGAGAAGUACACGCACAAUAGCAGCGCUAGGUACACUACGAACUGUCCACACUGCGAACAAUCCUUCACCAGCUACUACCAGAGAAACCGGCACAUGUUUAAAGAGCACAACGCAGUCGCCGCCUCGUAUCGAUGCAAUAUAUGCGAUAAGACCUUUAUACUAAAGUCGAAAUUGACUGCGCACAUAAAGAAGGUUCAUCUGAUGGAACGCAAUCAUAUAUGUCCGGAAUGCGGUCAGGGGUUCUUCAUAAAGCAAUCCCUGGACGAGCACAUGAUAAAGCACAACGGGGAGAGGGUCUACAAAUGUACCGUUUGUCUGAAGGCUUAUGCCAGGAAGAAGACCCUGAGGGAGCACAUGAGGAUCCACAACAACGACAGGAGGUUCAAGUGCGGGGUCUGUUCGCUGGCUUUCGUGCAAAAGUGCAGCUUAAAAAGCCAUAUGCUUUCGAAUCACGGCGUCACUUUGGCGGAAUACGAAACGCCGAAGACUGUGUCUAGUCCUUAACACGCUCGCGAGGAUUCAGCGCUGUGCCGUCGUCGGAUUAAACAUAAUUUGGCUGAUCGUGCUAGGCCUAGACCGCACUACGGUAAAACCGCAGCGGUUAUUAAGCGUGUGAGUUUAUGAAAAACGAAAAGGAAUAAAAGCGGCCGCACUUGCGGUUCUUUCCCGCGACUGAAUUUUAAAACCGCGAAAUGUUACAAAAUUGUCGCGGAAAAAAAACCGCAACAAAAUUUGUAAUCCCAUAGAACUAGGUAUCCGUGCACGCAUUAGGUAUGCGUAACCGCGGGCGGU